GAGAAUUCAAGAUGCAAACCUCCGAUUUCACCUUCAAACGGAACAGUCAGAUUCAAUGGGACGGACAUCGGAGACUCGGCGGAAUACACCUGCGACGCGGGUUUUGUCGUUCGGGGUCCCCGCAAUCGCCACUGUUUGGCCACCUUGUCUUGGAGUGGAGAGGACCCAUCUUGCAGUAACCAGACCAACACCUGCUUCAGUCCACCCUACAUGCCAAAUACCCGCACUCGUUCAAGGGCACGACCGGAACAAAUCUCGAUGUUCUCGCUGGAUAUCGAUCGUGACGACUACAAAUCCGGUGAGGUGAUUGAGAUAGCAUGUCAGCCGGGCUACAAAGAUCCUGAACGGGAUUAUGUCGAAGCAGCGUGUGUCGGAUCCGAAUGGAAGGUGACAAAAUUGAACUGCGAAAGAGUGCACUGUGGUCCUAUACGUGACCCACCGCAUGGGCACGUGGUGUACAAGUCAGACAGACGAUACCAAGCCGAAGCGCUCGCUGUAUGCGCGGAAGGUUUCAUCGCCGACUGUGGACCGUCCAGCGGAACGCAGGACAGCACAAUUGCUAUCACAUGUCCUCGACUGGAUGCACCAGAGAACGGUGGCAUCUCAACCUAUUCAACGGAAGUCAACAGCAUUGUGAAGGUGCACUGCAAUCACGGCUAUGAGCUGAUUGGUCCGGAGCAGAAACAGUGUUUGCCAACGGGAAAGUGGGAUGGAGAAAGAACAAUCUGCAAAGAACGUGAUUGUGGUCCGGUCCCAACGGUGGUCAAUGGCCGAGUUACGGCAGAAAAGACGACAUUUGGAGGCCGCGCCACAUUGACGUGUGAUCCGGAUACAACAGCGUCGUCAGACACGGAUUCGCUUCACUGUGGCCUAAUUGACAACAAAACAUCGUGGCUUCCGCAACCAAUCCCAACGUGCAAUCGACACUGCUACCUGUUCACCGUCGAUCAUGGCGAUGUCGUUCUAAUGCAUAAACCAAACACACCUUCCCAACGCUUCAUCCCCAUCACCUCCGAGAACUAUCCCCAACUGGAAUCGAUCGGGAACGCUCUUACCAGUUCGGACGGAAUCAUUCUACCGGGCAGUCGUGUAAGGCAUGGAGCACAGCUGAAUGUCACGUGCCACAGGGGUUAUCAGUUGGUGAAGACUGAUCAGCCGGUCACAACGUGUAUGGAUGGAGUUUGGAGUGUGCGGAGCAAGUGUGUUCCAGCGUCAUGCCGAACUCGGCCUCCGCCAGCCCCUGGAGCUCGCGUUCGCUUCUACAGUCUCAAGCACGAAGCAAAAGGCCGAUACGAGUGUUUUGUGGGUCACACUCUUCGUGUGGAUGAGACGAAGCAAAUUGUCCAGCCUCUAAACGCAGCGGGGAGUAACGAUGACCCGCUGGGUGUCAUCCGGUGUUUGCAUGGAGAAUGGGUUGGAAUCCCAGUAUUUUGUGAACCG